AUGAUGAUUCUCCAUAUUCCAACAGUGUGUGCGGAUGUUUGCCGUUGUGAGGUGGACUGUAAUGGAGACGACAGCCACUGUAUAGAGAUUGCAGGCUGCAGCUUUGCCUGCCUGUGUCCAGCUGGCACUGUGAAGAUCAGGGGAAGGUGUGCAGCACAGCCGGACUCCUGCAAGUCUGAAACCACCGAGGCCCCAUCUCAAGCUGAGACAACUCUAGAAUCACAUAAGGAGACCACACCAGAGUCAGAAGUGGAGACCACACCAAAGUCUGAGGUUGAAACCACACCAGAGUCUGAGGUGGAGACCACACCAAAGUCUGAGGUUGAAACCACACCAGAGUCUGAGGUGGAGACCACACCAAAGUCUGAGGUGGAGACCACACCAAAGUCUGAGGUGGAGACCACACCAAUGUCUGAGGUAGAGACCACACCAGAGUCUGAGGUGGAGACCACACCAAAGUCUGUGGUCGAAACUACUCCAGGGUCAGAAGUCCAGACAACAGCAAGGUCAGAGACGGAGACCACGCCAAAAUCUGAGGUGGAGACCACACCAAAGGCAGAAGAAUAUACUACUGCACAGCCAAAUGUCUGUGAUGAGUCCUGUGAGUGCUACCUGGGUUGUGAUGAAAGCGAUGGAGAAUGUACCAAGAGGGACGGCUGCUCGCUCCGCUGCAACUGCCGUAACGAGUUUGCCGACCGCCGUAAUGGUCGCUGUGGUGUUCCACCACCUUCUGAGGACUGUGAAGCUACAACGUCUUCUGUGGAGACCACUGUCACUGUGACGGAGUCAGAACCAGAAGAAUCAACAACUACUGCCAAGCCAGCUGGAACUCCCAAGGCACCAGUUGCCAUGACAACAACAACUGUCAUAAUGACAACAAAGACAACCUCAGUAACUGUCACACCAAAGUCUGAGGCCAAGACCACACCAGAAUCAGAGGUAGAGACAACACCAAAGUCAGUGGUGGAGACCACACCAAAGUCUGAGGUGGAGACCACACCAGAGUCUGAGGUGGAGACCACACCAGAGUCUGAGGUGGAGACCACACAAAGCUCAGAGCUGGAGACCACACCAAAGUCUGAGGUGGAGACCACACCAAAAUCAGAGGUGGAGACCACACCAAAGUCUGAGGAUGAGACCACACCAAAGUCUGAGGUGGAGACCACACCAAAGUCAGAGGUGGAGACCACACCAAAGUCUGAGGUUGAGACCACACCAAAGUCUGAGGUGGAGACCACACCAGAAUCUGAGGUGGAGACCACACCAAAUUCUGAAGUGGAGACCACACCAAAUUCUGAUGUGGAGACCACACCAAAGUCUGAAGUGGAGACCACACCAAAGUCUGAGAUGGACACCACACCAAGAUCAGAGGUGGAGACAACACCAGAGACAAUUAUCAUCAAGACUACUGUGGUGCAGACUGUCGCUGUUACAACACAAGAGGUUCCUAUCACAGAACCAAAGGCUACACAUGAGCCUCACUACACAAAGAAACCAACAAUGACAGAACAGCCAGAGCCCACAGAACAGCCAAGGUCGACAGCUGAACCAGAACCAGAACACACUGGACAACCAGAACACACCGGACAACCAGAACACACUGGGCAACCAGAACACACAGGACAACCAGAAUACACUGGACAACCUGAACGCACUGAACAACCAGAACACACUGGACAACCAGAAUACACUGGAAAUCCAGAGUACAGCACUGGUAGCCCUGAAUACACAGGACACCCAGAGUACAGCACUGGACAACCAGAAUACACUGGACAACCAGAAUACAAUGGACAACCAGAACACACUGGACAACCAGAACACACUGGACAACCAGAAUACACUGGACAACCAGAAUACACUGGACAACCAGAACACACUGGACAACCAGAAUACACUGGACAACCAGAAUACACUGGACAACCAGAACACACUGGACAACCAGAACACACUGGACAACCAGAAUACACUGGACAACCAGAAUACACAGGGAAACCAGAACCCACAGAAUCUGUGGCAACCACAGAGGGAACCAAGCUGGUAACGGUCACCACUGUCACAACUACAACUGAAACUGUUGAAGAAAGAACCACCAAGGCACCAGAAGUUGAACCUGAAGCAACAACAGCAUCCGCAGAAGUGACGACCCCAGCAGCUCCUAUGAAGACCACAAUCGUCACCAAGACAACGAAAACCACAACAACAACUCUGAAACCAACACCUGUUUCCACCCAGGAGGUGCCACUUGUUGAGACAACACCAUCUGCAGAGAUUACCACUCCAGAACUGGUACAGACAACAAAGAUCCCAUCUUACACAACAAGGUUCCCUACAAAUCCUGAAGUUACAACAUCAGGCAUCUGUGAUGUGAAGAUGGGUCUUGAAGAUCGCUCUGUCUCAGACGACCAGAUCACUGCUUCUUCCUACAAGGCUGAGAAGGAGCCCAAGGAGGCUCGUCUUGUCAGCAGGCCUGACAGUAAGGAAGUGGCCACGUCUUGGCAGCCUGAGGAGGACACUGAGGGACAGUGGCUGCAGGUUGACUUUGUUGAGCCAGUCCAGCUGACCAGUGUGCUGACCCAGGGCAGUGGUGGGGAGGACAAGUGGGUGUCAGAGUUCAAACUGCUGUACUCAGCAGACUCACUACUGUGGCAGUUUGUGGAGGACAAGAAUGGGGAACCUGAGAUCUUUGGUGCAAACUCCAACGAUGAAGGAAUUGUAGAGAACCACCUGCCAGAAGCAGUGAAGGUACAGAAGGUUCGACUGCUGCCCACCAACUGGAACAACGGCAUCGCUCUGAGGGCAGAGUUCAGGGGAUGUCCUUAUGAAGAAGAGAAGACCACUGUUGCCCCUGAGACGACAGAGUCUCCACAGCCAGAAUGGACAACUAAGAAGAUGCCAAGUUACACAACCAAGUUCCCAACUACAGCAGAGGUUACCACUCCUGGUAUCUGUGAUGUGAAGAUGGGUCUUGAAGACCGCUCCGUCUCAGACGACCAGAUCACUGCCUCCUCCUACAAGGCUGAGAAGGAGCCCAAGGAGGCUCGUCUUGACAGCAGACCAGACAGUAAGGAAGUGGUCACGUCUUGGCAGCCUGAGGAGGACACUGAGGGACAGUGGCUGCAGGUUGACUUUGUUGAGCCAGUCCAGCUGACCAGUGUGCUGACCCAGGGCAGUGGUGGGGAGGACAAGUGGGUGUCAGAGUUCAAACUGCUGUACUCAGCAGACUCACUACUGUGGCAGUUUGUGGAGGACAAGAAUGGGGAACCAGAGAUCUUUGGUGCAAACUUCAACGAUGAAGGAAUUGUAGAGAACCACCUGCCAGAAGCAGUGAAGGUACAGAAGGUUCGACUGCUGCCCACCAACUGGAACAACGGCAUCGCUCUGAGGGCAGAGUUCAGGGGAUGUUCUUAUGAAGAGGAGGGGACCACACUUGCCCCUGAGACGACAGAGUCUCCACAGCCAGAAUGGACGACUAAGAAGAUGCCAAGUUACACAACCAAGUUCCCAACUACAGCAGAGGUCACCACUCCUGGUAUCUGUGAUGUGAAGAUGGGUCUUGAAGACCGCUCCGUCUCAGACGACCAGAUCACUGCCUCCUCCUACAAGGCUGAGAAGGAGCCCAAGGAGGCUCGUCUUGAUAGCAGACCAGACAGUAAGGAAGUGGUCACGUCUUGGCAGCCUGAAGAGGACACUGAGGGACAGUGGCUGCAGGUUGACUUUGUUGAGCCAGUCCAGCUGACCAGUGUGCUGACCCAGGGCAGUGGUGGGGAGGACAAGUGGGUGUCAGAGUUCAAACUGCUGUACUCAGCAGACUCACUACUGUGGCAGUUUGUGGAGGACAAGAAUGGCGAACCUGAGAUCUUUGGUGCUAACUUCAACGAUGAAGGAAUUGUAGAGAACCACCUGCCAGAAGCAGUGAAGGUACAGAAGGUUCGACUGCUGCCCACCAACUGGAACAACGGCAUCGCUCUGAGGGCAGAGUUCAGGGGAUGUCCUUAUGAAGAGGAGGGGACCACACUUGCCCCUGAGACAACCGAGUCUCCACAGCCAGAAUGGACGACUAAGAAGAUGCCAAGUUACACAACCAAGUUCCCAACUACAGCAGAGGUCACCACUCCUGGUAUCUGUGAUGUGAAGAUGGGUCUUGAAGAUCGCUCUGUCUCAGACGACCAGAUCACUGCUUCUUCCUACAAGGCUGAGAAGGAGCCCAAGGAGGCUCGUCUUGUCAGCAGGCCAGACAGUAAGGAAGUGGUCACGUCUUGGCAGCCUGAAGAGGACACUGAGGGACAGUGGCUGCAGGUUGACUUUGUUGAGCCAGUGCAGCUGACCAGUGUGCUGACCCAGGGCAGUGGUGGGGAGGACAAGUGGGUGUCAGAGUUCAAACUGCUGUACUCAGCAGACUCACUACUGUGGCAGUUUGUGGAGGACAAGAAUGGGGAACCCGAGAUCUUUGGUGCCAAUUUCAACGAUGGAGGAAUUGUAGAGAACCACCUGCCAGAAGCAGUGAAGGUACAGAAGGUUCGACUGCUGCCCACCAACUGGAACAACGGCAUCGCUUUGAGGGCAGAGUUCAGGGGAUGUCCUUAUGAAGAGGAGACAACACCAUAUUCCGUCUUUGAGGAGACAACAAAGCCAGUCCUUCCAGAGCAGACAACUGUUGUUCCCCAUACAGAGGAGACAACCAAGUCUGUCCCAUCAGGCACCACUGCUGCAGUACCACAGGAAACAACAGAGGUCAUUGUUACAACCUACACCACCAGGUUCCCUACUACUGCUGCACUGUCAACUCAGGGUGUGUGUGAUAUAAAGAUGGGGCUGGAAGACCGCUCCGUCCCAGACAAGAACAUCCGCGCUUCUUCCGAGAAGGAGGAUCGUCCUACCAAGAAUGCACGCCUGGUCACCGGACGGUAUCUGUCAGAUGACGACGAAGCCUGGGAGCCUCUUGAAGACACUACCCAAGAAUGGAUAGAGGUGAAGUUUGAUGAAGCUGUUCAGAUCACCAGUGUGCUGACCCAGGGCAGUGGAAAGAACAGAGACAAGUAUGUGACAGAGUACAAGGUCCUGUACACCGAGGAUGGGCUGAUAUGGGAUUAUGUCUAUGAUGAAGAUGGAGAAGUUAUGUUGUUUGAGGCUAACACAGAUGACAGCAGUGUAGUAGAGAACUACCUGCCCAGAGCAGUUCUGGUGAAGACUGUCCGUCUGCUGCCCACAGCCUGGCACAGCGGCAUCAGUCUCAGGGUCGAGUUUAGGGGAUGUCCACGAGGUACAGCCACAACUGCCUUACCUAUUGCUGAGACAACUCACACUGUGUCAGAAGAAACAACCAUCCUGAUGGCAAAGACCACUCCUUACAAUCUAAAGGAGACUACAACAGGCACCAGCUCUGCUCACACCACUUACUAUGUACCAAAGGAGACUACCAGCAUCAGCUCUGCAAAGACCACUCCAUCUGCAUCUGUGGAGACCACCACAACAUCUUCAUCUGUGGAGACCACACCAUCUUCAUUUGUAGAGACCACACCAUCUGCAUAUGUGGAGACCACACCAUCUGCAUCUGUGGAGACCACACCAUCUGCAUCUGUGGAGACCACACCAUCUUCAUCUGUGGAGACCACACCAUCUGCAUCUGUGGAAACCACACCAUCUGCAUCUGUGGAGACCACCAAAUCUACACUGGAACUGACCACUGCUGGACACAAUGCAGAGAAAACAGAAGCCACACAACCUAAAGAGACCACUCCUUCUUCAUUAGUGGAGACCACACCCUACAUGGGAGGGAAGACCACAGUGUCUGUCAUUGAGAGAACAACUGGAGCAUCACAUGUCUACACCACAAAGGCCCUCCCUGGCACCACCACCAAGUCCACAGUGUACACAGUGACCAGCCGCCCCGUGACCACCCAGUGCCUGGGUGUGGACUGUGGAGACGGCUACUGUCUCAGGAUGGAGAAGAGAUGUAACGGCAUCAGGGAGUGUGCUAAUGGCAGGGAUGAGGAGAACUGUCAAGUUUACACAAGUAAGGCACCAAUUACAGAACUGACAACUGGAAAGCCUGGAGCAACCACUACUGAACCUUCAGCACCAGGGACAGAGCCUACAGCUCCCUACCCUUGUGAGGGCGAGUGGACAGAAUGGAUGAACUCCUUCUAUCCUGAUGUCAUGUCUGGUGGAGAUUAUGAGACAUUUGAGAACCUGAGGAAGAAAUAUGACUUCUGCGGGCCUGAAAUGAUCACAAACAUUCAGUGCCGUGUUGACAGUGGUUUGGAGAUGGACUACACCAGGACUGGCCAGGAUGUGACCUGUGACAUCCACCAGGGUCUGGUUUGUGAGAACUCCAAGCAGCGUGGAUUCCUGCCUUUCUGCUACAACUACAAGGUCAGGGUGUUCUGUGAGUGUGGUGGGGAAGCAACAAUGGCACCAGGAACAACUCGAGCUCCAUCUUCUGCCACCACUGCCGCUACACUGAGCACAAAGGUGCCGUUUGUGUCUACAACAGCUCUUCCAAGUACAACACGAAGCCCCUGCCCAGACAAGUGCUACUGCACCCUGGGAUGUGAGGAUGAUGGAGACUGUGAUGUCAUGGAGGGGUGUGACCGCAGCUGUUACUGUGCUGGGGAGUAUGACAGGUUUAAUGAGCGCUGUGCCACCAUGCCUGCAGAAGAAGAGUGUUACCCACAGACUACAACAGAACCAACAUACACAGUCCCUGUGGAAACAACAGUGUUUGUCACAAGUACAGAGGCCACAGUGAGCAGCUACACCACAGGCUCUCCUACCCCAACUACUGGACUGCCUCUUACAACACCAGUUGUUUGUGGCACCAACCAGGAGUAUAAGGAUUGUGCCUGCCACACCAGUUGUAAGGACCUGGCUAAGGAGAACCACACCUGUACGUGUGAACCUGGGUGUGACUGUGUGGAGGGGAUGGUACUCAACAAUGGAGAGUGCAUCAGAGCCAUCGACUGUCCCUGCUACUAUCCACCACAUGAGACAUUCUACAAGUUUGGUGCCACCUUUGCCAAGGAUGAGUGCACCACCUGUGCCUGUACUAAGGGUGGUAUCGAGUGUGACAUGGACUGUAACAUCACUCCAGACGACUGCAAGGAGGGGGAGGUGUUUGAGAAUGUGCCAGGGAAAUGCUGUGGAUGCUUCCCAAGCACCUGUACAAACGGUAUGGAGUACCAGUCCAUCUGUGCCUGCCAUCGCACCUGUACCAACCUGACAGCCACCUGUGAGAUGGACACCUGCCAGCCUGGCUGUGCCUGUCCUGAUGACAUGGUGUUCAAUGGUCUGGAGUGUGUGGAACCCUCACAGUGUACAUGUGAAUACGAAGGGAAAUCUUAUGCUCCUGGUGAGAUCUGGCUGCCUGAUGAAUGCACCAUGUGUAAGUGUAUGGAUGACAACAGGCCCAGUUGUGGAGAGUACUGCCCCAUCACACAGUGUGAGGAAGGAUACGAGAUGGUCAACGCCAAACCAGAUGAUGGUGUCUGCUGCAAGUGCAAACCUGCAGGUCCAGUAUGUGAGGACCCAGCUGAAGUGUACCACCAGGUUGGAGAUGUGUGGGCCCGUACUGCAUGUGAGAGCUGCCAGUGUAUGGAGGAGGGGAGGGUCGAGUGUGACCGGCUCAUCUGUCCUACUGUACCGUGCCCUGAGGGCUACAUGGUGACUCAGGAGCCUGGCAAGUGCUGCCCAACAUGUGUUGCCCUGGCCACCACUACAUCCCUGGUCCCAGUGACCAGCCUGCCCACUGUGGCACCCACCACCUACAUCGCCAUCACAUCAGGGUCGUACCACACUGAACCACAGGGGACAACUGCACAGACAUACACUACUGAAAACCCUGUUGUCAUCACAGAGGGUGUCCACACCACAACAGAGACCCCACAGCCAACAACAGGAGAGGUCAGGAUGCCUCACAGUACAGGCACUCUGUCAGAGACAACACCAGAAACAUUCUCUACACACAGGCCAUCGGAGGGCACCACAGCCAGACCAGGUGCCACAACCACCCCAACCUGUGGCACUGGUAAGCUGUCCUGUGACGGGAUGUGCUACCCUGCCAGCUGGAAGUGUGAUGGUAACAUGGACUGUUCCGAUGGACAGGACGAAGAGAACUGUCCAUAUGCACCAACCACGGCUGGUCCGUAUGAAACAUCCAACCCUCUGGAGACCACAACUGGUCCAUCUGUGACAACUACUGCUUCAAAUGUUAAAACAACCAAGGAAAUGUUGCCAUUGUGCCCAUCUGCCUGUAACUGCAUGCUGGCCUGCGAUGGUGGAUUUGGCACUUGUCUGGACAUGUCAGCCUGCAGUACUCACUGCACCUGCCAGAGGGCAGAGGACAUCAGGUUGAGCAAUGGAAGGUGUGCUAGGCAGCCCACUGAAGAAAUGUGCACCACAUCUACAACUGCAAAACCAGAAGUGCACACAACAGACAAGCCUUCAGAAGUCUACACCACAGGCAAGCCUUCUGGGGUCUACACCACAGGUGAGCCUUCAGGAGUCUACACUACAGGCAAGCCUUCAGGAGUCUUCACCACAGGUGAGCCUUCAGAAGUCUACACUACAGGUGAGCCUUCAGGAGUCUACACCACAGGCAAGCCUUCAGGAGUCUACACUACAGGAAGGCCAUCAGAAACCUACACUACAGGUGAGCCUUCAGGAGUCUACACCACAGGCAAGCCUUCUGAGAUGACCACAGGCAAGCCUUCAGACGUCUACACCACAGGAAAGCCAGCAUCUUCAACUUCUGAAUCUUCAGCACCAGGGACAGAGCCUACAGCUCCCUACCCCUGUGAGGGCGAGUGGACAGAAUGGAUGAACUCUUUCUAUCCUGAUGUCGUCUCUGGUGGAGAUUAUGAAACAUUCAACAACUUGAGGAAGAAAUAUGACUUCUGUGGGCCUGAAAUGAUCACAAAUAUUCAGUGCCGUGUGGACAGUGGUUUGGAGAUGGACUACACCAGGACUGGCCAGGAUGUGACCUGUGACAUCCACCAGGGUCUGGUUUGUGAGAACUCUAAGCAGCGUGGAUUCCUUCCUUUCUGCUACAACUACAAGGUCAGAGUGUUCUGUGAGUGUAGUGGCGAGACCACGACAUCAGAGGGGCUUACCACUGGCAAGCCAUCUGAGAUGAUCACAGGCAAGCCUUCAGAAACCUACACCACAGGCAAGCCAUCUGAAAUGACCACAGGCGAGCCUUCAGAAACCUACACAACAAGUAAGCCUUCAGAAACCUACACCACAGGCAAGCCUUCAGGAGUUUACACUACAGGUGAGCCUUCAGGAGUCUACACCACAGGCAAACCUUCAGAAACCUACACCACAGGUGAGCCAUCCGGAGUCUACACCACAGGCAAGCCUUCGGAGACACACACUACAGGAAAGCCUUCAGGAGUCUACACCACAGGUGAGCCUUCUGGAGUCUACACCACAGGUGAGCCUUCUGGAGUCUACACUACAGGUGAGCCUUCUGGAGUCUACACCACAGGCAAGCCUUUGGAAACAUACACUACAGGAAAGCCUUCAGAAACCUACACCACAGGCAAGCCCUCUGAGGUGACCACUGGCAAGCCUUCAGAAACCUACACCACUGGCAAGCUCUCUGAGAUGACCACUUGCAAGCCUUCAGAAACCCACACCACAGGAAAGCUCUCUGAGUUGACCACUGGCAAGCCUUCAGAAACCUACACCACAGGAAAGCUCUCUGAGUUGACCACUGGCAAGCCUUCAGAAACCUACACCACAGGAAAGCUCUCUGAGUUGACCACUGGCAAGCCUUCAGAAACAUACACCACUGACAAGCCAUCAGAGUUCACCACAGGCAAGCCUUCCGAGAUGACCACAGGCAAGCAUACAGAAGUCUACACCACAGAAAAGCCAGCAGUGACCACCACAAGACCCCCAUGCCAGGUGUUUGACUGUGGUGAUGGACAGUGCCUGCCCCUUCCUGCUAUGCUCUGUGAUGGCAAGGUUCAAUGUGCCAAUGGUCGGGAUGAGGAAGGUUGUGGAACAGAACCUCCAAGAACAUACACCACAGGCAAGCCUUCAGAAGUCUACACCACAGGCAAGCCUUCAGGGGUGUACACCACAGUCAAGCCUUCAGGGGUCUACACCACAGGUGAGCCUUCAGGAGUCUACACCACAGGUGAGCCUUCAGGAGUCUACACUACAGGUGAGCCUUCAGGAGUCUACACCACAGGUGAGCCUUCAGGAUUCUACACCACAGGUGAGCCUUCAGGAGUCUACACCACAGGUGAGCCGUCAGAAGUCUACACCACAGGCAAGCCUUCAGGAGUCUACACUACUGGUGAGCCUUCAGGAGUCUUCACCACAGGCGAGCCUUCUGAGUUGACCACAGGUGAGACUUCAGGAGUCUACACCACAGGUGAGCCUUCAGGAGUCUACACCACAGGCAAGCCUUCUGAGAUGACCACAGGCAAGCCUUCAGAGGUCUACACCACAGGAAAGCCAGCCUCAUCAACUACUGAACCUUCAGCACCAGGGACAGAGCCUACAGCUCCCUACCCCUGUGAGGGCAAGUGGACAGAAUGGAUGAACUCCUUCUAUCCUGAUGUCGUCUCUGGUGGAGAUUAUGAGACAUUUGAGAACUUGAGGAAGAAAUAUGACUUCUGUGGGCCUGAGAUGAUCACAAACAUUGACUGCCGUGUCGACAGUGGUUUGGAGAUGGACUACACCAGGACUGGCCAGGAUGUGACCUGUGACAUCCACCAGGGUCUGGUUUGUGAGAACUCCAAGCAGCGUGGAUUCCUGCCUUUCUGCUACAACUACAAGGUCAGGGUGUUCUGUGAGUGUGGUGGGGAGACUACAACAUCGGAGGGGCUUACCACAGGCAAGCCAUCUGAGAUGACCACAGGCAAGCCUUCAGAAACCUACACCACAGGCAAGCCAUCUGAAAUGACCACAGGCGAGCCUUCAGAAACCUACACCACAGGCAAGCCUUCAGGAGUCUACACUACAGGUGAGCCUUCAGGAGUCUACACUACAGGUGAGCCUUCAGGAGUCUUCACCACAGGUGAGCCUUCAGGAGUCUACACUACAGGUGAGCCUUCAGGAGUCUUCACCACUGGUAAACCUUCAGGAGUCCACACUACAGGUGAGCCUUCAGGAGUCUACACCACAGGCAAGCCAUCUGAGAUGACCACUGGCAAGCCUUCAGAAAGCUACACCACAGGCAAGCCAUCUGAGAUGACCACUGGCAAGCCUUCAGAAACCUACACCACAGGGAAGCCUUCUGAGAUGACCACCAGGCCAGUAAGACGUUGCUCCUCAUCUUGCCUGUGCAUUGCUGACUGUGCGGGUAACACUGACCACUGCCUUGGGCUGCCUGAAUGCACGCGGUACUGCCUCUGUAACGAGAACACCUGGGACAGGACCAACUGGAGGUGUGUGCAGCGCCACCCUGAGGAAUACUGCAGUACUGCAGCACCACCUACCACAGAACAGCCUGUAACCACUGCAGCACCUGAGGAGACAACUACUGUUGUAGUGACUCCAACAGUUAGGCCAGUGUGUGGAGAGGCCUGCACCCACCAGAUGACUUGUGCAGACUGGUCCAAGGACAGUUUUGAAGGAGAUGUGCCUGCUGACUGUGGUGCCUGUGCCUGUCCUACAGGCACAGUGAAGGACACCCUGUGGGGAACUGCCCUGUGUCUGAAGGAGCCCAGUGACAGGUGCUACUGUGAGUACAACGGUCGUCAGUACCAGCCUGGGGAGGUGUACUGGAAGGGCAGCUGUGAGCAGUGUGCGUGUGACCCGGACACGCUGACUGAACUGUGCCACGGCAACGUCUGUCAACUGACUCAAGAAGACUGCCAGGAGCUUGGGAAGGUGCUGGACAACAGGCCAGGUGUGUGCUGUGAGUGUGUGGAGCAGCCAACAACUGUUACAACACCUGCACCUGAAACAACAGCUGCACCUGAAACAACAGCUGCACCUGAGACACCUGCUUCAACACAGAAGCCAAGAACUACUGUUUCUCCAACUGCUCCAGCCUGCCCAGAGUCAUGUGUGAAGCCAAUCACCUGUGAGGAUCAGGAGUUCUAUGACCCCAUGACACCUCCUUUCGAGGUGUCCUGGGAUGACUAUGAUGCAUGCUGGGACUGCCCCUGCCCGGCAGGGACCGUGGUAGAUGAGGACUUCUGGUUCACCAUGAUGUGCCUGAAGAUCCCAGAAGUUUGUGAGACAUGCAAGUACAAUGGCAAGGAGUACAGGCUUGACCUGUGCGCUGGCUGUACCUACCUUGGUAAGGAGUACCAGGUCGGAGAUGUAUGGCUGCGAGGACAGUGUGAGCAGUGUGAGUGUGUGUAUGAGGACGGUGCGUACCUUGAAAAGUGUGAGCACAAGUGCAACCUGACACCACAGGACUGCGAAGCUGAAGGGAAGGUGCUGAUUGAUCGUGAGGACAUCUGCUGCCAGUGUUCAGCACCCGCGGUAACCACAACAGCUACCAUGGCAACCACAACAACUACCAUUGCUACCACAACAACACCCCUCCCGGCAACCACCCCUGUCAGGAUCACUACCAACACACCAGUGUGUUCUGAAGACUGUAAGGUCCAGGUGACCUGUAGGGACCUGAUGGCAUGGACCGCGGAUGAUCUGGCCAAUGGGAACUCUCCGUUUGAGGAGCGCUGGAUGUGCAACGACUGUCUCUGCCCCGACGACACGUUUGAAGACGUCUACUGGGGAACCUCCAUGUGUCUGAAGGAGAUCCCAUCCUGCCCAACACCCUGUCAGAAUGGAGAAGACACUUACUAUGAAGGAGAUGUGUUCUGGAGAGGCAACUGUGACAUCUGCACCUGUAAAUACAAGGAUCAGUACUACUAUGAGGAGUGCAACGUGUUCUGUCACCUGACUGAAGAGGACUGUCUGCAGAAGGGAAUGAUCCUGGAGGACAGACUUGGUGUGUGCUGCUCUUGUGUGGCACCUCCACCAACCACACAGCCACCUCCCACAACAACCACCCUGCUGCAAACAACCAGAAAAACAGCGUCAACCAAAACCACAAAGGGACCAAUGCAACCGGGCACAACAGCAAAGCCUUCUCUUACAACAGGGGAAACAGAAGCUGAAACCACUGCAAGACCUGAAGAAAUGACUACCAAACGUCCAUCCUCAGAAACAACCUCUGAGUCUACUGCCUCUACGGAGAGACCAAAAUGGUGGACAACUGGUGUUCUGCCAGAGGAGACCACUAAAGCAGUUUCUGAGACGACAAAACCAUUGUCUGAAGCCACGACUGGCAAGCCUUCUGAGUUCACUACAGGUGAGCCUUCAGGAGUCUACACCACAGGCGAGCCUUCAGGAGUCUACACUACAGGUGAGCCUUCAGGAGUCUACACCACAGGCAAGCCUUCAGGAGUCUACACUACAGGUGAGCCUUCAGGAGUCUACACCACAGGCAAGCCUUCAGGAGUCUACACUACAGGUGAGCCUUCAGGAGUCUACACCACAGGCAAGCCUUCAGGAGUCUACACCACAGGCAAGCCUUCAGGAGUCUACACUACAGGUGAGCCUUCAGGAGUCUACACCACAGGCAAGCCUUCAGGAGUCUACACCACAGGCAAGCCUUCAGGAGUCUACACUACAGGUGAGCCUUCAGGAGUCUACACCACAGGCAAGCCUUCAGGAGUCUACACUACAGGUGAGCCUUCAGGAGUCUACACCACAGGCAAGCUUAUCUCCACCACCACUGAACCUUCAGCACCAGGGACAGAGCCUACAGCUCCCUACCCCUGUGAGGGUGAGUGGACAGAAUGGAUGAACUCCUUCUAUCCGAACGUCGUCUCUGGUGGAGACUUUGAGACUUUGGACAACCUGAGGAAGAAAUAUGACUUCUGUGGGCCUGAGAUGAUCACAAACAUUGAGUGCCGUGUGGACAGUGGCUUGGAGAUGGACUACACCAGGACUGGCCAGGAUGUGACCUGUGACAUCCACCAGGGUCUGGUUUGUGAGAACUCCAAGCAGCGUGGAUUCCUGCCUUUCUGCUACGACUACAAGAUCAGGGUGUUCUGUGAGUGUGGUGGGGAAGCAACAUCCAAGCCUGAAGAAGGUACAACUCAGGUCACCAACACAGAAGCACCAACAUCUACUGAACCAAGUGUUGUGGAACAAACAACAAAGUCUAUGUCAGCAACCACCCUCAAAGUCUGUAGUGAGGAGUGUACCUGUGAGAUUGGCUGCAGUGAUGAACUGGACGCCUGCACCAGGCUGACCGGCUGUGAUGACACCUGCACCUGUGCUGACCCUACCGCCAUCAGGGUCAAGGGUCGCUGUGCCCUCGACCCCCCAGCAGACAAGUGUGCCCCUGCCACAACUCCUGUGUCUCCUGAGACUACAGAAGCUCCAUGCAAGUAUGGUGCUGAGUACACUGAUCAGAGGACCUGCCAGCUGUGCAGCUGUGUGGGCGGAGCCUACACCUGUCAAUCAAUCUGUGAGGAAGUCUGUGCUGAGGAUGAAGACCUGGUUCAGAUGAAGGGAGUUUGCUGCUAUUGUCAACCUAAAUCAAUGUCAACAACCCUGUCACCAACCUUGGAAACAACACCUGUUGUGCCCAUCGCUGAGACAACAUCACCAUCAGUACAGACCACCACUGCUGCUCCUAGCACCACCACACUGCAUGUGAGCCCACCGGCCUGUCUAUGUGAGAUCAGCUGUACAGACUACCAGCUGCUCCUGCCCACAGAGCUGCCUGAACAGUGCCAGCCCGACCCCCAGUGUGCACAGUAUUACUGUCCUGAGGGCUCCCUCAGGGACGACAGGACAGGGACCAGUCUCUGUCUGGUGUAUGAAGAAUGUGAGACAAGGACAUGUCAAUACCAGGGAGUGUCCUACGAGCCUGGGCAGUCCUACUGGAAGGGUGAGUGUGUGCUGUGUAACUGUGAGGAGGAGACAGCCCAGGAACAGUGUCUGUACAACCAGUGUAGACUCACUGAGGAGGAAUGCAACCUGAGAGGAGAGACCCUGCUCCAGGCAGAUAACAUCUGUUGCCAGUGUGUUCCUAUCACCACUACUGUGGUCCCCAGCACUGUGUCUCCUACUGAAGCUUACUCCACUCUCCUGCCACACACAACAGCAGAGUUCUCCACUGGCAAGUCUGGGACUACAGCCACACCAGAAGUCUGUAGCUUGACGUGUCACUGUGAGGCCGACUGUGGACGCACCUGUGCACCUGUGGAGGCAUGUGACAGCAGCUGCAGCUGUAGGGAUGGCUACACCCUGGUGGAUGGAGCCUGCAUUGCACAGCCGAGUGGAUGCAUUGCCACCACCUCAGGACCUUCAGCUGAGACCACAGCAUCCAUGCUAACCACCAUUGCAUUCUGUGAGCGAGGCUGCCACUGCCAGGCUGGUUGUAACAAGGGCUGUGUGCCAUCAGCUGUGUGCUCAGACGUCUGUGAGUGUAAGCCUGGUUACAGCAGGGAGGAUGGUGUCUGUAUCCAGUACCCAACUUACUGUCCAGAACCCAUGGCAACAAGCAAGAAGCCAACUGCUGAGACAGAAUCACCCUCAGCAACCACCAAACAACCCAUGGAGACAGCAGAACCCAUGGCAACAACCAAGAAGCCAACAUCUGAGACAGAAGCACCCACGGCAACCACCAAACAACCCAUGGAGACAGCAGAACCCAUGGCAUCAACCAAGAGGCCAAUGGCUGAGACAGAACCAGCAUUCACAGGUGCUCCAGAAUACACUUCUAAGGCAACUUUGGGCCAUGUGACCACCAAGAGACCAGAAGAGGCCGGUACCACUGAACCAACUGCUCCUGAAGCAACCACUGCCCUCCCAGAGGAGGAGACAACCCUUCCCUACCACCUUCGCACCACAGGCAAGCCUCUCGGCCUCACCACAGCCACACCCGAGGCUGAAACUGAACCAGAAGCCACGACCGCAGGCCUGUUUGAGACUAUCGCAUCCACUCUGAUGUCGUUCACAACUGCGUUGCCUGAGGAGGAACCAACCACGGCGGAAUGGAGAAAGGUUACGACAGGACUGCCUAGCGAGGUGACGACAGAGGCAGAGGUUGUGCACACAACCGGCGAGCCAAGCUCUGAAACCACCACCAAGCCUCAUGGAACAACUGCUGCAAGCGGAGAGUUCACUACCAAGAUGGCUAUGGAGAAGACAACAGGUUCUGUACUGACCACCACCAAGAAGACCCUUGAAGAAACGACUGGCAAACCAAGCUCUGAAACUACAUCAGAGCCUUCUGAAACUACUGCUGGACCUGAGGUGCCCUCAGAACAAACAACCAAGGCAGAGGCAGAAACAACAGCAGAGUCUGAAACAACAGGAAUACCCAUAGGUAAAUGUACUGUCUAA